AAACAGUGAAGCAGCAAAGCUCACUUAUCUUUUCUGCUGUGAUUGAAUUACACAAGGGAGGGAGAGACGGAGGUGCAGUAUUCUAAACUCUUGUCUAAAAGUCUGUUCUGUGCUAGAAAAUGAAAACAGCUCUUAGCUUAAGCAGUCUUACAGACUGAUCGCGUGUGUUUGAAGCUGUGUGUCACUGCCGGGGGAGGUGUAGCCUGUUUGGGCUUGGCUCUUGUUUGGAGCGGUGUUUUCCUGCUGCUUCAGGAGCGGCUCACUCAUGAGAUGUGACUUCAGACGUCCCCAGCAUGCAGGCCGGCUGGCCAGCGCUCUGGAAGGGUGAUGCCCUGAAGCCAUUCGAAGCAAGCGCGGGCCGUUCUGGGGAGCCCUGGGGUGCUGGCCAUGUGCUUGGCCUCAGUUGUGGGUCCCUGCGGGAGGGGGGCCUCCUGCCUUCUCUGGACCUGCAGGACAGAGGGGUGGUCCUUCCAGGUCAUGGUGGGCACGGGGGGCCUUGGGGGGGGUACCCUCACCUGCAAGCAGCAUUCAGCGGGGAGCAGGCUGACUCUCAGGCCUGGGGCUUGCUGGGCCUGGCCAUGAGUGGCCCCCACCCCCAGACACACUCUGCACCGGGGACCCCGGUCCUGUGGGCUAUCCUGGGGCUGAAGGUCCCCCUGGGGGCACAGUCGGGGUCUUCCUUCUGGGAGUGUUGCCCUCAGGGAUGAGGGGGUGAGCAGAUAAGGCCUGUGGGCAGGGGCCGCUGACCACAUGAUGGCCGGUUCCCGGAAGGCUGGGCCAGGCCUGUCCAGGAACGGAGGCUCCCUUCGCUGGCUUCCCGGGCCUCCAGGCCUGCAGAUGUCCGGCCUCUUCGGCCUGCCCCCGUUGGCUCCGCUGACCCAGGCCCAGGACGCCCCUGUCAACGGCUGCCACGGCCCGCCCCCCGCGGAGGGAGACGCGGAGGCCAUGCCCCUGGGGACGGGCCCGCCGGCGCCUGCCCACGGGGACCGGCCCCCCGAGACCAGCAGCCCCGAUCCGCCCCCGCCCCUGGUGCCGCCGCUGCCGGCCGGAAGCCUGCCCCCGUUCCCGCCCUACUUCGAAGGCGCCCCCUUCCCGCCCCCGCUCUGGCUGAGGAACACGUAUCGGCAGUGGGUGCCGCAGCCGCCCCCCCGGGGCCUCAAGAGGACCCGCCGGCGCCUGUCCCGCAACCGCGACCCCGGCCGCCUGGCCCUGAGCCCCAUCCGCCUGCGGCCGCGACAAGUGCUCUGCGAGAAGUGCAAGAGCACCCAGAGCCCCCCAGAGGCCAGCCCCGGGCCCCCCGCCACGUCCCGGCCGCGCAGGGAGCCCCGCAAGCCCGAGGACCCCGUCGGAGGCGGCGACGCGGCCUCCGCCGCCAAGCGGAGCCGGCGCGAGCGGCGGGAGGAGGCGCGGGCCGGGGUGCCACGGAGCCCGGCCAUCAAGAUCUCCUACAGCACGCCCCAGGGCACCGGGGAGGUGGUGGAGAUCCCCCCGCGCGUGCACGGCUCCCUGGAGCCCUUCUGUCCGCCCCCGGCCUCGCCCGGAGGUCCGGACCCCGAGCCUCCCAGGGACCGGCCGGCCGCAGGCGCCCCCGCCUCCAUCCCCAAGCUGAAGCUGACCCGGCCCCUGCCCCCCGGGGCCGCCCCGCCGCCCCCCAAGAUCCGCCUGAAGCCGCGCCGCCUGGGGGCCGGCGAGCAGGAGCCCGUCUACAGGGCCGAGCUGGUGCAGGAACUCAAGGGCCGAGGGCCCCCAGCCGACGGUGCGGCCCAUCGCGGCGGGCUGGCGGACUCGUCCUCCGCCAGCUCUGGCGAAGACGAUGACUGCAAGGGGUGUCCCCGAGGGGCGCACGGGCCCGACGAUGACGCCGGGCUGGCUUUCCUCGCCACCUGCCCUGGUAGAAGCGGCUGUGCCGGCGAGCUGGCGUGGAGCAGCGACAGCCUGGAUGAGUCCAAGUCGUCCGGCUCGGACGUGACAUCGCCGGACGCCUGCGACCUCUCCCCCGGCGAUGGCGUGUCUGUGUCCUCUUCCUCCAAGGGUGCGAGGCCCACGGUCCCGCCCCUGACGGUCAGGCUGCACACGCAGAGCGUCUCCAAGUGCGUUACCGAGGACGGGAGGACCGUGGCCGUAGGGGACAUCGUGUGGGGUAAGGUUCACGGCUUCCCUUGGUGGCCGGCACGUGUCCUGGACAUUAGUCUUAGCCAGAAGGAGGACGGGGAGCCCUCCUGGCAAGAAGCGAAAGUCUCGUGGUUUGGUUCUCCAACUACGUCAUUUUUGUCUAUCUCAAAACUCUCCCCUUUCUCUGAAUUUUUCAAACUGAGAUUUAACCGUAAGAAGAAGGGGAUGUAUCGGAAAGCUAUCACAGAGGCUGCCAAUGCCGCCCAGCACGUGGCCCCAGAAAUAAGGGAGCUCUUAACCCAGUUCGAAACGUAACCCGUGUUCCCAGCCAG